AAUAUUAAGUAAGCAGAAGUCAUGAAUUGCAGCUUGUCUCCUUGUCAUUCUUGUAUGUACUUUGUAGCUGGUUUAUAAUCACAUAGACCUAUCAGAAAGUUCAGUACUCAUACUUUGUGUCUCAAUGCUGUGUUUCACACUCCUUUUCAUUCAAAUUCAUUCUCAUCUCUUUCUGUAGGUGAAAAAAAUGAAAACCAUUGGUUUCAAAUGGAUAUAAAUUAUGCACAUUCAGUGUCUCUUUUCUUGCCUUUGAAAAAGUUUUCUCCUGAACAAACCUCCUAGCCAUGUAUUCAUAGCAGUUUUAAUCUUUUUCAGCUCUGAUUAAGGAAUUCCUGAGAUGGACGGUUACAAUUUUUUCCCGCACCUAACUGCACCCAUACCUCUGCCUGAAAAUGAGGU